GAGAACGCAGGAGGAGGUCGCGGGAGGAGGUCGGAGCCGCGGGGUCCGCCCGCGGCGCGGGGGGCCAUGGCGACCCAGCUGGUGAGCGCGGCCGACAAGGGCGGGAUCCUCGUCGACGCGUCGGCCAUCGGGCGCCCGGUCGGGGACACCUCCUCCAGCGCGUGUUACGUCACCGACCUGCCGAAGAAUUUCCACGGCGGCGAAGAGGCGCUCCACUGGUCGCUAGGCGAGCUCUUCGGGCAGUAUGGGAAGAUCAAGAAGAUCGAGCUGUACAUGGAGGAGGGCAUCCUUGAAACUCAGAACUUCAAGGGCGAGGCGCUUAUCGUGUACCACAGGGGCAAGCUCACGGGCAGCCACGACAAGGGCGACCCUGUCUGGGACGCCUGCACGGAUAUGGACGGCAAGUACCGGCUGCUCGGGAAGAAGAUGUGGAGGAUGCGCGUGGAGGCUGCUACGUGGCAGAGGGAGGGAUACGACGUGAAGGACAGGGCCAAGAGGUUCCCCUGCGUCGAGAUUGGUAACCUGUGGGAGUACGUCCCCGCCAUGCCCCUCGCGUGGUUCGGCGAGAUGCAGGAAGUGAUUCGGCUGCACGCUGCUGAGCAUAUCGAGAUGCCUUUCGUGAAGGUCGAGCCCACGGAGGGGAAGGCAACAGUUUGGUGCAAGGGCGCGCAGGACGCCAUGAAGUUCGCCUCCAUAAUGCACAAGAGCUACUUCCUGGGGCGCAAGGUGCAGACGUCGUUGUGCCGAAAGCCGAAGCCUGUCGAGGAGAGGCUGCCGAGGCUGCCCAAACCCGCCCCUGGCGCCGUGACCCCCGGCGGCCAGCAGCGGCUGCCGGAGCUGUCGCUGAAGCCAAAGGCGCCGGAGCCAGAGCCGGCGCCCGCCCCGGAGCCCACCGCGGAGCCCGAGGCCUCGGCCGCCCCCGCGGCGCCGGCGCCGGAAGUGCAGGCGGCGUCUGCAGGCCCCGCCUUCCAGCUCAAGGGCGGCUGCAGGGUGACGCUGCGGGGCCUCGUGGCGAAGCCGCAGAACAACGGCCUGCGGGCCGAGGUGAUUGAGUAUUUGGCAGAAGCCGAAAGGUACCAGGUCCGAUUGGAGGACGGCAGGUGCGUGAAGCUGAAGCGCGAGAACCUCGAGGUGGUCCGCGAGGAUCAGGCCGAGGACGCGCGGGCGCUGGCGGCGGAGGCGAGCGAGGACGAGUCAGACUCCGACGAGGAAAUGGAAGACGCGGACGGGGCCGCGAAUGCGCAGGCUGCCCUUGUCCACAGGGAGGCAGAUGAGAGGCAGAGGUACGAAUGGCGAUACUUGUUCUUCCCUGCUUGUUGCGCCGCCAGGCGUUUCGGGGCGGUCCUCGGUGCGGUCGAGAUCGGCCAUGAGGCUGGAGCGGUUAGGAAGACGCACGGCGCGCAGGCCGCGCCAGGGCCCAUCCCGAAUGCCAGCUUUGACUGCAUCGUAUUUGCACGUGGCAGGGGCGGGGAUUCUGCUUUCGGCUCUCGUCCUGGACUGCUCAAGUCCGCGCUCGUGCGUUUCGCAAGCCAGCGUGUCGGACAGGCCGGCCUGUCGAGCUUAGUGUGCCGGGAGCUAGACCCCCCAGCAGCUAGCUCUGGCCCGCGCGGGGCCGUGGAUGUGACAAUUCAGUUGAUAUUGAUCGAUCAGACAAGAUUUCAGAUUGGAAUUGCGGAGCCAGUGGUUGCGAUUGCGUGGCCGUGGCCGGACGUCCAGCAGGACCUUCACCGAGUCCAACACAGCGGCAGUGAUGACGAGAAUAUCGAUGCGAGCCUCGAAGAGAAGAAGAAGAAGAAGAAAAAGAAGAAGAAGCGCAGGUUCAGAGUUAAGGAAGCGACCGCGAAGAAAGGCAUGGCCCUCGACAGUUUCUUCAUGGGAAGCUUUCGGAGGCGAGGCACGGACAUGUGCGAGUAUCUAGCCAACAAGGACAAACCGUGGGGAUACCUACAGGAGCGCGACGAGACCGCGACGCUCUCGGAUGACGUGAUGGCCGACUUCCCGUUGGACAGAGCGAACUUCUUGGGCGACCAGAAGCGAAACAUCAUACUUAACAGUGGUUCCGAGCACAGGCUUCAGACGUUCCAGCACGCGCUGGGAGUGAAUUUCGAUGACGUGCACGAAAAGGAGGAGCGGACUGCGCAGACGCAGACCGAGAAACAUGGCGGCAAGUAG